GUAUUUGUUGAAAUAUGUUCCAUCAAUAAUAUAUUUAUGUUUAAUUAGUAAAAUCUUAGUGUGAGAAAUGCUGGGGAAAAAUUAGGCAAGAAAUCAUAAUAGCAAAAGACGAAGGGAACAUCCAGUUUUGGUAAGCGGCACAACAAGACACAUACCUUGUGUCGCCGCACUGGCCGAUCCAACUACCAUAUCCAGAAGAAACGAUCAGCGAAAAUUGGACAAUUUAACUGGUCAAGGAAAGCCAAGAGACGUCAUACAACUGGUACUGGUAGAAUGAGACAUCUCAAGUUGGUGAACCGACGUUUUAAGAAUGGAUUCAGGGAAGGCCAAACACCAAAACCACGCCAAAGUAAAUCACAGGCAAAAGCAUAACUGUGUAUUGAAAUAGCGAGUGAGAAAUAAACCUUCAACUUGAAUAAAUCAAUCACAUUAUUUUUGGCUGGUGUUUUAUUACCGGUGGUUAAGGGGGAACAGAAUUGUUUUUAUUUCUCUUAUGUUUGGAAGUGUAGGAAGCUUAAAUUACAAAGCUGUAGUAUAAAGUUUUUAUUUAGCUGUUACUUAGUGAAAGUUUGGUAAUUGUGAAUGGAUAGUGCCAACGACCAGCGCACUUUCUGCAAAAUAGGUUCGGCGUCAAACAUUUAGGUCUAGUCCGAUAUUAAAUACCCAGUUUUUUUCUGUAAUAACGUAAAAUGCAUUGACUUCGAUUAAAAUAUGGAUAAAACUUUUUAUUUUGAAGUAGUAUGCAGUUAGAAUCGAAGAAAGUAGGUCAAUUGACAAUUAAAAAUAACUACAGUUUCACCUAUGCGGUUUUUGUAAACCCUGCUGUCGAUAUCCCACGCCAGUGUAAAGUCGCGUAAACAUCUAUAAACUUGUGGUACAAAAACACAUACCAGCACCACCAGUAUAGGGUAGCACGACGUAGGAAAACCUUUCGGUAUAUGGGCAGAGCUGUUAAGCUAAACAGGUUCAAAUAGUUGAAAUCGACGUUAUCAUAGGAAACUUGUCGGACUCGAUCUUGAAGAUUGGCGUCAAUUUUAAUUUAAAAAUCGGCAGAGACAGCCUAUAAUAUAUAUCAUCUUUUGUAACACUUGCUUGCGCUGAUGUGUAGAGAAUAAAAAAUGGAAACAAAAUUGUUUUUGUUAUUUACCCUGUGCUUGUUUGGUGCAGCCGUUGCAGGCCCAACAGUGAAGACAAAUAAUGGACAUCUGUUUGGUGUCAGUGAAGCAGAAGCAUCGGUGUUUUACAGCAUUCCCUAUGCUAAACCUCCCGUUGGAAAUCUGAGGUUCCAAAACCCAGUUCCCAUUGGCUACCUUGGGGAUAUUGACGUCACCAACAAUACUGGAGUCGGUUGCAUAGGCAUGCGGUUGAUGUGUUCUAUUGGUCAAUGCGCUGAAUUUGAAUCGGAAGAUUGUUUGUACCUCAACGUUUACGUACCAACGAGUGUCGAUCUAUCAGACCCAGCCAACCAACCAAAAGCAACUUUACCUGUCCUGGUUUGGUUCCAUGGCGGAGCGUUUUGGUUUGGGGCAGGUCUUGCACCAUUGUAUGACGGCCGAUUCCUUGCAGAGAAAACUGGAGCAAUCGUGGUCACACUGAACUACAGAUAUAUGCCGUUCGGUUUUCUUGCGAUGGGAUCUUCUGCUCCUGGAAAUAUGGGUUUCCGUGACCAGCAGGUGGCGCUACAGUGGGUGCAGGAUAACAUUGGGGUAUUUGGUGGGAGCAAUUCACAGGUAACGAUAUAUGGUGAGAGCGCUGGAGCUCAAACUAUUGGUCUGCAUCUUCUUUCUUCAGUGAGCAAACCGCUAUUCACCAAUGCAUUCAUGCAAAGUAAUCCUGUUUCAUUUACUUUCAAAACCUCAGCAGAAGCUGUAGAUUUGGGAACCCGACUUUCAAAACGCACUGGGUGUCUCACUGGAAGUUACAACUGCUUAGUUCAAAAAUCCUCUGAAGAAAUCAAGAGCGCCUUCGUUAAGGUCAUGAUGGGAAACAUGGCAAGCGGAGACUUUUACGGAUUCAUUGAACCAUUUGCUCCAGUUAUCGAUGGUGUGGAAUUCACUCAACAGCAAGCGGAUGCCUUUGCUGCAGGGGAAUGGCACACGGAUAAGAACGUCGUCAUUGGAACAGAUUUCCAAGAAUUGUAUUUGGUUUCUGCCAUGAUUCCUGUAGCUCUUUCUUACGAUAGGUUCGUAUCGAUGUGUGAAAAGAUGUGGCCGGGAAUCUCAGAUGAUGUAAUUGCCCUGUAUGCACCUGACCCAACUGUUACAGAUUUCAGAGACGCCUACGGGGACAUGUUAACUCACUACGCGUUCACUUGCUCGUCAAGAUCCGUUGCACGCUCCGCCGCAGCAACAAAAGAUUAUUUCAGUAACGUGUUUUACUUUACCAACUACCAUCCUCUUACUGGCCCAGAUUGCCCCACACUUCUUGGACCACUUAAGAGAUUAUGCGGAUACGCAUAUCACUCCUCUGAGUUAAGUUACGUGUGGAGAACCGGACCCAACGUUGGCCAAACUUACACCGAGGAUGAGGUUCCGUACGUUAACGCCUGGACCAACUAUAUCGGUAACUUUGUGUUCAGUGGUAACGUGAACAAAGGAUUGGAUGCUGGUUUGCAAAGCGACCUUGGCAGUUUCGUGGAAUGGCCGCAGUACCAAGCUCCUGUUGCUGGUUCUGCAACCGGAUCUUCUGACUGGCUCAGUGCGUCACUGGAUGCCCCAUAUCCGAGUGUCGAGCAAGAACCCUUGGAUCAUUAUUGCUCUUACUGGGAUACUAUCGGUUACGAUUUCAAAAUCUUUGGCCCGGGUUUUGCCGAAGCUUUGAACAUCGCACUUAACCAGGAAUAAAGUGGAAAUUAAUGGCA